CAGAAGAAGAAGAAAUAUAAACAGGAAGUUGUUGUCACCUCCGCUUUCUGUCAGGAGAUAGAAUUAAUAAAAUAUACAUUUCUAGUUGUCUUCAAGAGACGCGGUGAUUCGGUGUAAACCCGGCCGGUACCGGCACCAUGGCGGCGGUGGACGUGGAGGAUGAGAGCAUCCUGGUGUCCGUGUUCCGGAACAGUUUCCCGGACAGCUGGAGGGAGCAGCCGGACCUGGCGGCCUACCUGUCCGAGCUCAGCUCCUUCGGGGUGGACAAACUGGGCCGGGAGCCCGAGCGGCUGGCCGAGGAGCGGGCCCACAUCCUGCAGCAGACCCGGGAGCUGGCCUUCUCCAACUACCAGACCUUCAUCCGAACCGCCGAGUGCACCGAGCACAUCUACCGGGACUUCGGCCGGGUGGAGAGCAGCGUGUCCCGGCUGCUGGACAAGCUGCCGCUGUUCGGAGAGAAGUGCAGGGCCUUCAUGAAGGAGGCGGAGGAGAUCGGRGCGAGCCGCCGGAUGAACAGCCUGACUCUGAACCGCCACACGGAGAUCCUGGAGAUCCUGGAGAUCCCUCAGCUGAUGGACACGUGUGUCCGGAACGGCUACUACGAGGAGGCUCUGGAGCUGACGGCCUACGUGAAGAGGUUGGAGAAGAAGCACUCGUCUCUGCCGGUCAUCCAGGGAAUUGUGCGUGAGGUGCGUCAGUCGGCUCAGCUGAUGCUCAGCCAGCUKCUGCAGCAGCUGCGCACCAACUCGCAGCUGCCCGUGUGCCUGCGUGUCAUCGGCUACCUGCGGCGGAUGGACGUGUUCACGGAGGCGGAGCUUAGGGUGAAGUUCCUGCAGGCCCGCAGCACCUGGCUCGGCUCCGUCCUGGCGGCCAUCCCYGACGACGACCCCUACUUCCACAUCACCAAAACCAUCGAGGCYUGCCGGGUCCACCUGUUCGACAUCAUCACGCAGUACAGAGCCAUCUUCUCCGAYGACGAGCCGCUGCUGCCGCCCGCCGCCGACCGGGCGCCGCUCAACGAGGGCGCCAUCUUCCACGGCUGGGUGGUGCAGAAGGUGGCGGAGUUCCUGGAGACGCUGGAGCGGGACCUGCAGCGUGGCGUGGGGGGCCGCCUGGACUCCCUGCUGGGACAGUGCAUGUACUUCGGGCUGUCCUUCAGCAGGGUGGGGGCGGACUUCCGCGGGCAGCUGGCGCCCAUGUUCCAGCGGGUGGCGUCGGCGACGUUCCGCAAGGCCGUCCGGGAGGCCGUGGAGAGGUUCCAGGAGGACAUGAACCUGUACACACUGAUCGCCCUUCCCACUGUGCUGGGGGGCACGAUCCCUGUGGUGGCCCCCGGCGUCCAGCCUGGCACCCUGCAGCCCCCCAUGUCCCUGUUGGACUUCCAGCCGCUCGCCUGCUUCCUCAACAACAUCCUGAGUGCCUUCAACGACCUGCGGCUCUGCUGCCCUGUGGGACUGGCACAAGAUGUCAGCCGGUGUCUGCAGGAUGCCCUGAAGAUGGUGACCCGUCAGAUCCUGGUGUUCCACCGGGCCGAGGAGUCGGCCUUUAGCAGUAAAGAGAAGGAGCUGUUUGUUCAGUUCUGCUCCUCGUACGCUGAAGACCUGCUGCCGUUCCUGAACCGCUGCCUGCAGGUUCUGUUCCCCCCGGCUCAGCUGGCGCUCAUCCUGGGUGUUCCCGCCUCCCAGCUGCACCGGUACGGAGGCCUGGGCUGCAUCGACGUUGCUGCGGUGCUGCAGCCCCUGGACUUUAUUCUUCCUCCGAAGGAAGCCCCGCCCCCUCCGCCGGAGGUCGACGUCAUGGCCGAGCUGGGCAGCCUCACCUUYGACCCGCACCUGGGAGAUCCAGAUCCUGCGUCCGCUCAGUCGGGUCCCACAGAACCAGAGCUGAAGCACGAAGACGAGGGACAGGAGGAAGAGUUGUCCGAGUGAAACCAGAUCUUUGUSAGGUUCUGGAGAUUUAAAGAAUCCGUUUGGACUCAGGUGGUGGGAACAGAACUCUCUGGACUCGGGCAGUCCUGAUGUGUGCCAGGACUGCAGAACUGGACAUUUCUACACAGUUGAAUGAUUUCAAAGUCAUUAUUAAAGAGUUUUAAUAGAAUUAGUCA